AUUAAGGACAUGGUGACUGACUUUGAUGAGAAACAUGACGAAUACUUAAUAUCGCUUCAGCAGAGAAACCGGCUACUGGCACGUUUAAAAAGAAAGGAUGCUAUACAAAUUAAACUGGAGCAGUUAGAACAAGGAUUUUCUCUGUAUCUGAAUGGAGCUAAUUCAGAGCUGAGAAAGUACCGCAGAAAAAUCAACUCACAUGGCUACCUUAAAAGUCAGACGAAGACCACCAGGAAAAAUGCAACCCAGCUAAAAGAGAGUGAGCUGCAAGAGCACAGCACACAGACUGCACCAAGCAAAAUACAGCGCAGAGGUUGGUGUCAGAAAACUGUGGAGAUUAAAACAGAAAGGGGGGAUAAACUCUGCAUUGAACCUCCUCUUGAGUACCAGGAGGAUUUUGAACCUUAUGAAAGCUUGAGCGUGGAGACAAAUGGUGAUGAUCCUCUUUGUUACUCCCAGCAAUUGAGAAGAAGCUUGCAACUCGGUAUAGAAGAGAAAAGGAUGGAAGAAGACUCUGUUAGUGAUGAUUAUGACUCUGUUGAAGAGGAUGUGAUUUCAGAACCGUCUCCCACUGAGGAAACAAUUAGAAGCUUUGGAGGCCUUCAGUUGCAUAGCAGUAGCUCACUGCAGAAAGAGGCUUCUGAACAUCAGGAUGCUGGGAGGUGCUCUGGCCUUGAUUCUGGUGCCCUUACUGUGUUGGAAUUCAACCAGGAUCAAAGUAAAGUGAAGCCACUACGAGUUCUCUCAGCAAAAAGAAAAGAUAAUGCUGAAACGUACAUUCCUGUCAGACCAGUCAUGGUAAAAAGUAAAAUCACUCGGCCACUCUCUGCUGAGUUCUUGCACCAGGAAAGACAUGAAAGAAUUUGCUCUAGACCAUUAAGUCGACCAGAAAGACCACUUUCAGCAACUCGAAAGAAUGUGUGUGAGAAGGAUCCUGAUCUCUCAGUUUCAGCUGUGCUUAAAGCAAUGCAAAUUGAAAAUGAAGUGUUGCAGAGAGAUGUGCAAAGGCAGACAGUUUCCACAAGCCCUCAAGAGAAAUUUUCUGUUUCAUCUGCCAUUUCUGCAAUGGCUGAACCUCCAGAAAAAAGCCAGGCAAGGUCUGCAGUCACAAAAGCUGUUGGGAGAGUUUGUCCUUUUGGAAACAGACAACAGAAGAAACUUCUGAAGGUCCUUCCGGAGCCUGAGAGCCAUUCUGCCUGUGAUAAUGACAUAUUCCUGUCUGAUGACAACUCCGAAGUAGAUUCCAUGUUGAGAGAGAAGAUGACAACCAAUAUGGAAGUACGCGAUGCCAUUUAUGUGACUAUGGAACUUCUUUCUAACUGGGGAAAUCCAGUAAACGUGGGCCUGAGCAAAGUGGAAUUCUUUGAUUUGUACGACGAAAAGAUAUUUGUGUCUCCUCAUGAUGUGGAUAUUCGAAAUGCUGACAACCCAGGGGAUUUGUGCUGCUUGGUCAAUAAGAACUUGAAUAUCACGAAGGAAAGCUUCCUUUGGAUGUGCCCUUUCCAUCCACCCGUCCAACUUUACUUUGUUAUCCGCAAUCCCACCCGGUCACAUGACUUUGGUAUAUCCAAGAUCAAGAUUUGGAAUUACAACACAACAACUCCCAGUGACCUUGAUGUUGGAGCAAAGAAGGUGAAGUUAUAUGUUGAUGAGAACCUUGUAUUUGAUGGAGAAUUACAGAGAGCCUCUGGAGAUCUCCUCACUGACCAUAGCACUACAAUUGACCUUAAAGACCACAAGCAAGAUAUCUCUGCAUAUUCUUCAAAUGGAAGAAAAGAAGUAAAUGCACCUGCAGUCACAGAGAAGAAAGCAGACCUACAUUUUAAAUGCUUACAGUCAAACAGUACCUCACUAAACUGGAAAUCUCUGCCAGAAGAAAAACUUGAGCAUAAGAUGAACUCAAUCAGUUUUACAAAGAAAAAUUUGCCUGAGUUAAAAGGUGAUCUGAAAGUGUUGCCAUCUCAAGUUUGUACAAAAGAUGCCAAAGAGAAUUCAACAGUACAAGCAGUUGUGGAGCAUGUUCCAUCUGAUGAUGAACUUAGUUUGAGUGAGCAAAUGGAAAAGCUAACAGGAAGAAAAUUGUCUGGUUCUGCAGGUGCAAUUCCUUCUUGGUUACAGUCAUCUUCCCAAGUAACAGAGAAUAAUCAAGUUACUUUCGCUAAGCAGAAGCCUCCCUGGCUUGCUACAGAGCAUUGCUUAGGCAUGAGGCUUAAAACACAGUCAGAUGGAAUCAUGAAAAACUUUUCAGAUCUGACUAACGAGGGUGUCAAAUGUCAGAGAAAUGAACUGGGAAGAUCCAGUAGUAGAAAUGCAAGUGGAGAUGAGAGAUCACAAAUGCUAACCAGAAAGGAUGGCGAUGUGGGCUUGGACAUUUCAGAGCAACUUUCUAACAAAAAUUUCUGCAGCCUACAGUACCCUACAAGUGGAAGGAGAAGUGUCAGAUGUGUAAAAAAGGCCGGAUUAAACACUAUAAAUCUUGGAGAAGAUGAUUCCGCUCUCAAAGAUGAAGACUUUUCUGUCAAGGACAUAGCAACCUCUAGAGCAAAGUGGCGCAAUGAGCAAGAACACACACUGCAGGAGUCCUGGAACUCCUUGGUAAAGUUUAAUUAUUCCCAUCGUGGCCGAAUCUCUAACAUGGAUUUUCAAGGGGAUAUCUUUGAUGAGUUUCUCCAUCAACAGAAAAUCAACCGACCUGGCGAAUAUCAGCAAAUGAGAAAAGAGGGACUACAAACACUACCAAAAAGGCAAGAAGAAGAAAAUUCUGUGGAGAUACAUGAUGGAAAUGAUUUUAAAAUUCCUGUUUUACCUUAUGGGCAGCACUUAGUGAUAGACAUUCAAACAACAUGGGGAGACAGACAUUAUGUUGGUCUUAAUGGAAUUGAAGUUUUCAGUUCUAAAGGAGAGCCUGUUCAGAUUUCAAAGAUAACAGCUGAACCACCUGAUAUAAAUAUCUUACCAGCUUAUGGCAACGAUCCCAGAAUAAUAACCAACCUAACUGAUGGGGUAAAUCGGACACAGGAUGAUAUGCAUCUCUGGCUAGCACCAUUUACCCCUGGAAAACCUCACUUUAUCUUUAUUGACUUUGUGAAUUCCUGUCAAGUAGCUAUGAUUAGGAUUUGGAAUUAUAAUAAAUCUCGCAUACACUCUUAGAAAGACAUUGUAAUGGUGUUAGAUGAACAAUGCAUCUUUAAAGGAGAAAUUGCAAAAGCUUCGGGAACCUUGUCUGGAGCACCAGAGCACUUUGGGGAUACUAUAUUGUUCACUACCGAUGAUGAUAUUCUUGAAGCUAUAUACUGCUAUGAUGAAACAUAUGAUGGAGAAAUGGAAAAUGCCAGCUCCUUGAGAUACGAGGAGGAGCUAAAGAGGCCAACAACUGCUGACAGGGAGGGAGAUGAAAGACCUUUUACACAAGCGGGGUUAAGAACAGAGGAUCAACAG